GGUUUUAGGGUGUCUUAUUAUGGCUAAUCUCCCUCAAAACUUCUUAUAUAUAUAUUUGAAGGUUGACACUUUUGACAGUGCCAACACAUUGCUUUUGCUCUCUUUGGAGUCUUAUUGAGUCUCUGCUCCUCGUUUACUCCGCCUUACUCCUCCAACAGUAGACAUGUCGACUGUCGGACUUCCUGCCACCUGUAUGGUAAAAAUUGCUCCUCGGACCCAACCAAAGAGCGGCUUUGUUAAGAGCCCAUCGUCUCUCGGGUCAGCAAGGAGAAUUUCUAAAGCCUUUGGAUUGAAAGCUAGCUCUGGCUUUAGAGUAUCAGCAUCAGCAGUCUACAAGGUCAAGUUGGUUUGUCCAGAUGGCGUUGAGCAUGAAUUCGAGGCACCUUCGGAUACUUACAUCCUUGACGCAGCUGAGAAUGCUGGAGUCGAACUCCCUUAUUCUUGCAGGGCAGGUGCGUGCUCAACAUGCGCGGGGAAGAUUGUAUCAGGGUCCGUUGAUCAAUCUGAUGGUUCUUUUUUGGAUGAUAAUCAAAUGGAAGAAGGCUAUGUGCUCACUUGUGUUUCUUACCCAACCUCAGAUUGUGUGAUUCAUACUCACAAGGAAUCUGAUCUUUACUAGAGAUUUAUCUCAUAUUAUCUGUAUGGUCGGUCUUGUUUAAGGUGAAGAAGCAGUUAGAAAAUUGCUCUGUUCUUGAGAAUGAUGUAGAGUUCAAUCAGGAACAUAUUGUGUUUCAAUGAUGUUCGUGUAAUGAAUCCUUCUUUUAAGCUCUUAUUGGUUAUAUAUAUGUUUCCCUUGGUGGAAAUUUACCUUCA